UCGCUGUCGGGGCACUCCAACCCUGAGCCCUCGCCGCUGCCAAAGCCAAAGAGGGUCCUAAUGCCCGCCGACGCGCAGUUUGCCGUCGGCUCGGUGGUCUUUGUGCCCGACGAGCAGCAGGCGUACCUCCCCAAGCGAGUCGCAUCAUGCACGGGCCUCGGCGCCCGCACCAAGCUCACCGUCGGGCCGCUCUCGGGAAGCGGCGGCGCUGCUGUGCCGGCAAAGGACGUCGCCGACGUCGUCGAUGCGGACCCGCUCGCGCUGGAGGGGGCGCAGGACAUGGUCAAGUUCUCCAAUCUCACCGAGGCGGCGCUGCUCCACAACCUCCGCACGCGCUACAGCCGCGACCAGAUAUACUCGGCCGCGGGCGCGAUCCUGCUCUCCGUCAACCCGUUCAAGCAGAUCCCGGGCAUCUACACGGACGAGGUGACCCGGCGCUGCCAGGAGGCCGACGCCAAGGCGCUCCCGGACCUGCCUCCGCACGUGUACGGGCUGAGCGAGAAUGCGUACCGCGGCAUGCUCGGUGAGCAAAAGCAGCAGGCGAUCCUCAUCUCGGGCGAGUCCGGCGCGGGCAAGACGGAGGCGGCGAAGGCAUGCGUCAAGUACAUCUGCGCGCGCUCGACCGGGGGCGGCGGCGUCGGCGGGGGCGCGAAGCUGCUCCGCCAGGGCUCGCACGAGGAGUUUGUGCAAAACUGCAUCGUCGAGGCGCCGCCUUGGGAGCCGGGGAGGGGCGGAGGCGCCAACCCGAUCCUCGAGGCCUUCGGCAACGCGAAGACGCUGCGCAACAACAACUCGUCCCGCUUUGGAAAGUGGACCGAAAUCCACUUUGACGCGGGCGGGCAGGCGUGGCGGCCGGCUGUAGGCAUCCUCACCCUCGGCAACCUCGCCUUCGACGCCAAGGAGAUGGCCAACGCCGACGACGGGUCGUGCGUGUCGCCGGCGUCGCAAGCGUCGCUCAAGGCGGCGGCGGCGGCCCUCGACAUCUCACCGCUCGAGCUCGAGACGGCGCUCACCAUCAAGAAUGUGGGCAAGUUCCCGGUGGUUGCGGUGCCGCAGCCGCCCGAGAAGGCGGCGGUCGCGCGCGACGCGCUCGCAAAGGCGCUGUACGGCUCGCUGUUCGACUGGAUCUUCGGGCGCAUCAACGAGAAGAUGGGUGCGGGCGCGGGCGCCGCGCUGGGCGGCGGGAACAAGCGCACCAUCGGGCUGCUAGACAUUUUCGGGUUCGAGGCCUUUUCGCGCAACUCGCUCGAGCAGCUGCUGAUCAACUUUGCGAACGAGAAGCUGAUGCAGUACUUCAACAUCUACAUCUUCCAGAUGGAGGAGAAGGAGUGCCGCGACGAGGGCGUCGCGUGCCCGCAGCUGCAGUUCGCCGACAACUCGGCCGUCAUGGUGCUGCUCGAGGCCAAGCCGACGGGGCUGAUGGCGCUGAUCCACGACGAGGUGCUCGUGCCAAACGCCUCCGACGCCAACCUGCUCACCAAGAUGAACGAGGCGCACCGCGGCGCGUCCAUGUACCGGCAGAUGCCGCGCGCCCAGGGCGAGGGCUUUGUCGUGCUGCACUUUGCGGGCGAGGUGGCGUACGCCAUCGACGACUUUGUCGCAAAGUCGCGCGGCGCGGUCCCCUCGGAGCUGUCGCAGCUGCUGGGCACCUCGCAGCUGCCGCUCGUGCGCGGCUUCUUUGCGGCCGACGAGGAGGGCGGCGGCGGCGGCGGCGGCGGCGGCGGCGGCGGCAAGCCAAAGGGCGAGCGGACGAUGUCCUUCGCGCGGCACCGCGGCGGCGGCGGCGCGCGCGCGCGCCUCGGCGGCGGCGGGCGCAAGGUCGUGUCGGUCGGCCGGCAGUUUCAGGAGUCGCUCGACUCGCUGAUGGGGAUGCUGCACACGUGCUCGCCGCACUUUGUGCGCUGCAUCAAGCCCAACCACCACCUCGCGCCGGACGAUUUUGACGGCGCGUACGUGAUGCGGCAGCUGCAGCAGAUGGGGAUGGUUCACGUGGUCAAGGCGCGCAAGCAGGGCUUCGCGCACCGGUACGACUUUGACACCUUCAUCGCGCGGUACGGCUACCUGCGCGAGGGGGUCGAGUGCGACGCGGCGAAGCUCGCGCCGUACCUGCAAACGUACCUCGGCUCCGCCUCUCCGCCCGCCGGCACAAAGACCGAGACGGUGCAGCUCCUCGGCGCGCUCGCCGCCGCCGACAUGUUUGCGACCGACGGUUGGGCCGUCGGGACGACGAAGCUCUUCCUCAAGGCUUCGCACCAGCAGCAGCUCGAGGUCGCGCGCGAGUCGCACCUGCGGCGCGUCAUCACGCAGACCCUGACCAAGGCCAUCGCCGAUCAAGACCUCGCUUCCCUCGACGAGGCGGUGGCGAGGGCGGUCGAGAUCCGGCUGACGGGCAAGCUGGUCGAGGAGGCAAAGGCGCUGCUCGCCACGCUGCGCGAGCGCGAGAAGGCCUUCGAGGCGCUGACCGAGGCGAUGGAAAUGCGCGACGUCGCCGCGGUCGAGGCGGCGCUCAAGCAGGCGGCGGCGGUGCGGCUCGAGAAGGACGCGAAGAAAGGCGCGCAAAAGGUCAGCGACGCAAAGGCGCUCCUGACGCAGCUCAAGGCGCAGCAGGUCGCCUCCAACGCGCUCGCGGCGGCGCUCGCCUCGAAGGACGUCAAGAAGCUGCGCGACGCGCUCGACGCGGCGCAGAAGAGCGGCCUCAACUCGGGGCAGGUGACGCAGGCGCAGCGGAUGCUCGAGGGCCUCAAGACCAAGGACGCGCUCGAGAAGAAGCUGGCGGCCGCGGCCAAGGGCGGCAGCCUCGCCGAGCUGACGCAGCUCCUGGCGCAGGCCGAGGAGAUCGGGCUGUCGACCGAGGCCGCGCGUGCGGCGAAGCGGCGCCACGCCUCGCUGCAGGAGAGCGCGCAGGCCUCGUCCGCGCUGCAGUCGGCCAGCACCGCCCGCGACGAGGAGGCGCUGCGCGCCGCCAUCGAGCGCGCCAGCGCCGCCGAGCAGAACCAGGCAGCGGCGGAGCGCGAGAAGGCGGCCAUGAGCGCCGAGCUCGCGACGGCGAAGGAGCUGCUCGCCAAGCUCGAGGCGGAGCACUCCACGGUGCUCGCCACGCCGCCACGGGGCGGCGCGGCGGCCGCUCGCGGGCUGCCGACGCCCUCCGGCCCGGUGUCGUACGUGCCCGGUCCGCCGGCGGGGCUUCCGUGCGAGCCGCUGGCGGCGAGGGUGGCGCGGCUGCAGCGCGGCGCCACGUUCCUCAAGGUGGCGGAGGGCACCUUCACGCGGAAGAAGCUCGACGCCAAGGCGGUCGCCCUCUCCGCCGACCGCAAGUCGCUCACGUGGGACGGCGGCAAGAAAGGCCACGGGCUCGAGCUCUCGCAGGCGCGGCCCGCGGGAUGCAGCCGGGAUUGUAGCCGAGGGUGUAGCCGAGGGUGUCGCCGAGAGAGCGCAGCGGAGGUCGUCCGCGUCUCGAUCGGGCUCGAGACGAAGCCGCUGCAGAAGCUGUACCACUCAUCGGCCGCGCCGGACGUGGCGCCGACCAGCUGGUUCUCGCUGCACACCGCCGCGCGCUCGUACGACUUUGGCGCGCGCGACGGCGACACGGCCGAGACGGUGAUCCUCUGGGUGCUGACGCUGCAGCAGCUGGUCCUCCUCAGCAGCGGUACCGGAGUGCGGCUGCCGGCGACGGCGCUCUCGUACGCGCAGCAGCAGUGGCAGUACCACAACUCGUCCGCCAAGGAGUGGCCGUGCGUCCAGUGCACGUGCAUCAACAAGCCGAGGAACACCGCGUGCGAGGUGUGCGGCGCGCCCAAGCCGAUGGUGACGCUCGUGCCGACGGUGACGCCGCUGCUGCCCGCGAUGCGCGCCCUCUCCAACACGCUCGGCAUCGACGCCUUCAACCUGAGCCCCGACGCGCGGCUGCAGUGGUUCCUGCUCAAGGCGCUCGAGCCGCCGCCGCCCUCCCCGCUGGUGUGGUCGGUCGGGCACCGGCAGGGCGACGGGGAGACGCCCUUGCUCGGCCUCGCCAACGCCGACGGCACGGGCUUCAGCGUCGACCACGCGUACAUCCUGUCGCUCCGGCGCGAGGCGGAGACGGCGCGCCAGCAGCAGGCGCAGGCGGGCGGCGUGCUCACGCCGCGCCCGCAGUUCGUCGCGCCCGAGGGGCCGCUCUCGCGCGAGAACUCGCGCUCGCUGGGCGGGUACGAGCUGAGCGACGCCGAGGCGCUCGAGCAGGCGGCGCUGAUGGCGUCGCUCGACCAGGUCGGCCUGCGGCAGGGCGCGCACUCUUACGAGGAGGCGCACGCGCUCGACGCGGGCGACGUGUUCCGUCACUGCAUGUCCGGCUCGGUCGAGGAGGUGCGCCGCUUCCUGCAGCAGGGCGGGCACGCCGACACCGUCUACAAGUCCGACUACGGCUGGGCCGUCGGGCCCGACUACCUCUUCACGCGCCCGACGGAAAACAUCACGCUGCUCAACUACGUGGCCACCUGGACAGACAUCGUCGGCGAGGCGUCCGCCGAGCUCGCGCGGCUGCUCCUCAACGCGGGGGCCGACCCGCGCCGCGACGACGGCCUCGAGCAGUGGUUCACGCCGCUGCACAACGCCGUGGCCAACGGCGCGCACGACGUGGUGCGGGUGCUGCUCACGCACGACGCAAAGCUUGUCGACGUCACCACCGGAGAGGGGCAGUCGUCGCUGCACCUGCUCGCGCUCUGCGACGACGCGACGGACCGGAUGGUGACGCUCGAGCUGCUGCUUGGCGCCCGCGCCUCACUCAACAUGCAGGAGCCCUUUGAGGGCGGCACCCCGCUGCACACGCUCGCGCGCGAGGGCUUCGUCGCCGUGGCGGCGCGCCUGCUCGAGGCGGGCGGCGACGCGUCGAUCAAGAACGACGCGGGCCGCAACGCGCUCGAGGAGGCCAAGUACGAGCUCGACCGGCUCGAGCGGCAGACGGACGGCGCCUCGUCGGCCACGCGGCGCGCAAAGAUCCUCGAGACGAUCAACACCCUGAAGAUGGUGCUCUCAGUCCAGUGAGGCGGAGAGGGGCCCGGAGAGGCUGCCGCGUCGUGUGUGUGUGUGUGUGUGUAUGUGUUCGGUGUGUGUGUGUGGCGGAGAGAGAGAGAGAGAGAGAGAGAGAGAGAGUCAAGAGAGUCAGUCAGAGACACAAUGUGGGCGCCCCCCGGGAGGGGCCGCGCCGCUGUUGGGUCGUCUCUCUCGGGGUUGAUUAGAAGUAUUCGAUUUUGGCA